ACUUCCAGCAACAGGUGGGAAAGCAGGCUCAGGGCCCAAGGCUCUAGAAACCCCUCAGUGGGACUGGUAGGGGUUGGGAUGUUUUUGUGCCGGUAACUUCAGGACAUUUCUCGAAGCCUUCUCAAGGGAGAGGUGCCUGGUUGUGGCAGGUUGGAGGAUUCCCAGCCCGGAGGAGAUUGGGGUUAGGAGCUAAGUGUGACAGAGGCGCUGUGGCCGGAAGUCCUGUGGUCACGGCCCCCCAGGCUGCAGACCCGCCCGGAUGGGGCCCCUACGCCGCCUUCUGACUGCCAUGCUACUCCUGGCUCGGGCGGUGCCUCAGGAGGCCUCCCAGCACUGCGGGCGCCUCGAGUACUGGAACCCUGAUAACCGGUGCUGCAGCAGCUGCCUGCAGCGCUUUGGGCCGCCCGCGUGCCCGGACUACGAGUUUUCGGAAAACUGCGGAUUCAACGACUUUGGCGAUCACGUGACGUACCCCUUCAAAGCGUGCCCCUUUGGCCAGUGCAACCCCGACAAUGCGGAGCUAUGUAGCCCUUGUGGCGGCGGAGCCACAGCCCCCGCUCCCGCAGGGAGCCGGAGCGGAACCCAGCAUCGCUGCAGAGAGAAGCCGGUCCCUCCCAAGGAGCCCUGUCCCCUGAAGUCGGGGAAACCAGGAGUCUUCAACUCCCAGGAGCCCAGCCCAUCAGCGAUUUCCAGUCUCUCGAGGACACCUGAGCGCAACGUCACUCAGCAGGCCUUGCCGAACCUUGCCCUGCCAGUGCUGCUGGUUCUGGUGCUGGUUCUGCUGGUGACCUCAGCAGUGGGCCUGCUCGCGCAGCAGUGCCACCGCCGGGCGAAAGUUGUCCUCCAUCCCUACCCCGGCUUGGUUUGUGGCGACACCAAUAUCCAUACCGUCUUCUCCUUGCCCUCGUCCUCUCCAGGGUCCCCGGAGGCAUCGGAAGUCUCCCUGGUACCACUCCUGGGCAGAGAGCUGCCGAGUCUGGCAUCGCAGCCCCUGUCUCGCCUCCUGGACGAGCUGGAGGUGCUGGAGGAGCUGAUAGUGCUGCUGGAUCCUGAACCCGGGCCAGGUGGGGGCAUGACGUGCGGCACCACUAGACACCUGGCGGCGAGGUACGGAGCACCUGCUGCCUGGUCCACCUUCGCCUACUCACUGCGACCCAGUCGCUCGCCACUGCGGGCCCUGAUCGAGAUGGUGGUGGCGAGGGAGCCCUCUGCUUCUCUGGGGCAGUUUGGCACGCACCUGGCCCAGCUGGGGCGGGCAGAUGCGCUGCAGGUGCUGUCCAAACUUGGCUGAUCUGGGGCUUGCCCAGCCUAGUCCUCAAUAAAGUUUCCCAUGAAGUAAGUG